GUGACCGAAGGACGGUUGUGGAAUUUUGAACGGUUCUCGCCCAUAUUUCACCUCAGCUCCUUUUCCCCCCAGCGCCAGAAACUCUGUACGUUGUUCCCCCGGCGACUACCCGCUGUCCCAGGGUUAUGGAACAUGGGGGUGUCGUCGGACAAAACUUCCCUCGCUCGUAAUACCCAUAUGGCAAUUGUUCUCGGAGUCGGACUGGGUGUUGUAACUCUAAUUAUCAUGUGUUUGCUAUUUACCAUCUUUGUGAACCGUCGCGAACAGCGCCCCUGCUCGAAAAGCAAGAAAAAGGGAUCGAGCGACAAGCUGCGCAAAUUGGAUGCCGUGUCUCCGGCUCGGACUCUAGAGGAAUGGCGCUCGAAAUCGAAAGGGCCCUUGUUACCUUCCGAGGGAGUCGACGGUCAAUUUGUGUGCGUUGUUUGCCUUGAAUCGGUUUUGCCGUCCCAGGAGAUUCGGGAGCUGAAAUGCCUGCACGUCUUUCACAAGGAAUGUCUGGAGAAAUGGUAUCUGCAGGAUCAUUUCAACUGUCCGCUCUGUCACAGAGCGUACUAUUUUCAGGAAACACAUCCUAGUAAUGACUUUGUAUGGAUGGUAUGAUUGAUGUCUGUUGAUGCUCGUGCUAUGCUUUGCUUGUUCUUCUUCUAGGGCGUUUCGGGUUGGCCGAUGUGUUUUAGGUUGGCUCGCUGUUGAUCGGAUGGUUGUUGUCUUUUCUUGCU